GGCUUUGUAGACCGAGGGCCGCCCCCUAACCAUGAUGUUUCGCGACCAGGUCGGGGUGCUGGCGGGCUGGUUUAAGGGCUGGAAUGAGUGUGAGCAGACUGUUGCGCUGCUGUCGCUGCUCAAGCGCGUGAGCCAGACCCAGGCCCGAUUCCUUCAGCUCUGCCUGGAGCACUCGCUGGCCGACUGCGCCCAACUGCACGUCCUGGAAGGCGAGGCCAACACCCCCGGAAUCAUUAACCAAUGGCAGCAGGAAUCCAAGGAUAAAGUGAUUUCCCUCCUAUUAACUCACCUGCCUUUGCUGAAGCCAGGAAACCUUGACGCAAAAGUAGAGUAUAUGAAACUGCUGCCCAAAAUCCUGGCGCACUCUAUUGAGCACAACCAGCACAUCGAGGAGAGCAGGCAGCUGCUGUCCUAUGCUUUGAUCCACCCCGCCACGUCGUUAGAAGACCGGAGCGCUUUGGCCAUGUGGCUGAACCACUUGGAGGACCGCACGUCCACCAGCUUUGGUGGCCAGAACCGAGGCCGCUCAGACUCUGUGGAUUACGGGCAGACGCACUACUAUCACCAAAGACAGAACUCGGACGACAAGCUCAACGGCUGGCAGAACUCUCGGGAUUCUGGGAUUUGCAUCAACGCCUCCAACUGGCAGGACAAAAGCCUGGGCUGUGAGAACGGCCAUGUGCCCCUCUACUCCUCCUCAUCCGUCCCCACCACAAUCAAUACUAUUGGAACCAGCACAAGUACAAUUCUCUCAGGCCAGGCACACCACAGCCCUUUGAAACGAUCUGUGUCCCUUACCCCACCCAUGAAUGUGCCAAACCAGCCUCUAGGACAUGGAUGGAUGUCUCAUGAGGACUUACGAGCUAGAGGACCCCAGUGCCUCCCAUCCGAUCAUGCCCCCCUGUCUCCACAAAGCAGUGUAGCCUCUUCAGGAAGUGGUGGGAGUGAACACUUAGAAGAUCAGACCACUGCUCGUAACACAUUCCAAGAAGAAGGUAGUGGUAUGAAAGAUGUUCCAGCCUGGCUAAAAAGCCUCCGCCUGCACAAGUACGCUGCGCUUUUCUCCCAGAUGACGUACGAAGAAAUGAUGGCCCUCACGGAGUGCCAGCUAGAGGCUCAGAAUGUUACCAAAGGUGCAAGACACAAAAUUGUCAUCAGUAUUCAGAAGCUCAAAGAGAGACAAAACCUCCUGAAGUCUUUGGAAAGGGAUAUCAUCGAGGGGGGCAACCUGCGCAUCCCACUCCAGGAACUGCACCAGAUGAUCCUGACUCCCAUCAAGGCCUACAGCUCCCCGAGCACCACCCCUGAGGCGCGCCGCCAGGAGCCCCGGGCCCCACACCCACCCUCGCUGAUGGGCCCCGAGAACCAGAGCCCCGACUGCAAAGAGAGUGCUGUGGCCACUGGCGCCACGGCAACCACCUCAGGAGGGGCCAGCGGUGGGCUCCAGCCACACCAGCUGAGCAGCUGUGAUGGGGAGCUGGCUGUCGCCCCCCUGCCGGAGGGGGAUCUCCCCGGGCAGUUCACACGUGUCAUGGGGAAAGUGUGCACACAGCUUUUGGUCUCCAGACCUGAUGAGGAAAAUAUAAGUUCCUAUUUACAGCUCAUAGACAAGUGUCUAAUUCAUGAGGCAUUUACAGAGACACAGAAAAAAAGAUUGUUGUCAUGGAAACAGCAGGUGCAGAAGCUCUUUCGGUCUUUCCCUCGGAAAACCCUCCUAGACAUAUCAGGAUAUCGACAGCAAAGAAAUCGCGGCUUUGGGCAGUCCAACUCACUCCCGACGGCCGGCUCUGUGGGCGGCGGCAUGGGCAGACGGAACCCACGCCAGUACCAGAUCCCCUCUCGGAAUGUCCCUUCUGCCCGGCUUGGCCUCUUGGGCACCAGUGGAUUCGUCAGCUCCACCCAGCGUAACACCACAGCCAACCCCACCAUCAUGAAACAGGGAAGACAGAACCUCUGGUUUGCCAACCCCGGGGGCAGCAACAGCAUGCCAAGCCGCACCCACAGCUCAGUCCAGAGGACCCGCUCGCUGCCCGUGCACACUUCUCCACAGAAUAUGCUGAUGUUCCAGCAGCCAGAAUUCCAGCUUCCCGUGACUGAACCUGACAUCAACAACAGGCUGGAGUCUUUGUGCCUCAGUAUGACCGAGCACGCCCUGGGAGACGGGGUUGACCGGACCUCCACAAUUUAGAAGCUGAAGAUGAGAGUGACCGCGCUGGCCGUGAAAUCGACUGCUGCGGGUCCAGUGUCAGCCAUCUUCAGGGUUGCACAGAAUCCUCCAAGAUACUUUGCAGCCUUUUUUUCCCUGGUCCCUCUCCCAUUUUGAUUUUGUGAGAGCGUAGGUCGUCCUUGUAAACAUAUCAGUAGACCUGG